AUGGUGGAUAAUCGUGAAAGAAUAAGAGGCCCGUCUAGAGAUGGUCGCGAAGGCCUCACCAGUCCUCGACACGUCCUCAGACGCCUUAUGCUCCUGUCUGAAGGGAGACAGUAUCGGGAGGCUGCAGGAGUUGUGGGACGCCUUGGGCCGUCCCUCCUUCGCUCCGUUGUGUCAGAGCUCCCGAUGGAUUUACUAAUCGAAGCACUUCCGCACAGUGCUUAUCUCCUAGAGUCAUUCUACAGUCGGCUCAAUGUCGUUCUCUCCACCCCCAAGCCAGAUAUAUCCGUGGACUCAGUCGUGUGGCACUUAGUGAAGCUCUUUGGCAAUCCACACGAGUCUGGUCUCCGCCAGCGCUGUUCAAAACUCAUAGAAGCCAUCGCAGCCUGGAAUCCCUCGGUCAGAGAUACACUCAGAGAUCGUCGACGGGCCCUAGAUCAGGCCAUCCAGGGUCUCGGGAUGCACGGCCUGACAGCUGACCAAACCGGCAAUUUAACCGCCCUUCACACUGCCCUCAAAACAGAACUUCAGCGCCAUGUGGACACAUAUAAAGCCGCCAUACACAAGCUCGACGAACUGAGUCCAGUGACCAUUCAUCAGGAUCCUGCCCAGUCGUCGCAUCAGCGUCUCCUUGCCAUCAACCAUGACGACUUGCAACAAAGACUGAUCGACAACAAGACCGUUCUCACCCUCCUGGAUAAACCAGCCCUGAAGCAAUUGGGGCAACUCGUGGACGUUCUCUCGCAGAGGGUGCAGUGCGAUAAGGAAGCACUCUUUUGCAUAGGAGAAAUUCGGCGAUCAGACCCGCUCCUCAACUGUGACUUCCGUCCUGUGGCGGGAAUUAUGAUGAACUUCGCGAGAGGGUGUGACUCUGUGCUCAAGCUCAUGGGUCCUGUGGUAGUGCCUUCUAGUCCGGGAGGAUACAGUUGCUGCAGCGAUGGAUACCAUUCCGACUCUGCAGACUCGCUUCCAGACGAAUCCAAUUGCGAGCUCAUUCGUGCCUUUUCACUGCUCUACUCGAAGAAUCGCGUGGAAAUUGUAGAUUAUCUGGACAGUAUCCCUCAGCUGAAGAGUGCUUUCUAUCUCAAGACGAAGAUUCUCUUCUCUAUCAUUGUGCUGGCAUUCAGAUCUUGCCAGGGACUCCGUGAGAGAAAAGUGGCCGAGGUGCGCCGUGUUCUGGGUCCAACUGGUUGCGAUGGGGAAAGUAGUGGCAACAAGGUGUCUGUACUGAAUUUGGAGAAAGCUGUUCGGCAGUAUCUGCAAGACACCGCCGAUUCACUGCCUCUGGGUGACAUCGAGAAGCAAAUAUCCAAUCAAAUACUAUCGACACUCUAUGAGUACCCCUGCCUCGAGAGCUGCCCCCAAUUGCAGCGCUACACUUCCAAUUGCGUUCGCCUGGCAUGGAAGAUGGUCAACCAGCCAAACCCCUACUACCUGGACAAUGACUUCACCCACGGUCUUCUUCAGCCGGAGAAGCAGGAGCGCCACUCAUCUUAUUCAGAUCGAAACUCUAACAUAAUUCGUGCAUUCGUAUGGCCAGCCCUCAUUCAGGAGUACAGAUGCAUUCUCAAAGCCGUUGUAAUCACAUAA